AGCACGUCUAACAAGCCAUGUGUGUUCCUCUCACAGUUUUACGAUCAAGUUCAAACUCACAAUCAGCUUUUAAAAUUUAUAAACAACAAAGACCGCGUAGCCCUACGUGUCUCAUGACCAUCGCCUUUCCAAAGUUGUCCACGCAGACGAAGGACGUCAAGUGGUAGAGUUUUUGCGGGGAGGAUCGAUUUCAUAAAUCUUUGCCAAGAACCUGAAGAAGAACGAUCCGAGGAGAGCCAUGUCAGUUAGAACAGACUUCGAGUUUUCUGAGGACCUGGACACGAACCCUGAGGUUUUGAAAGCGUAUAAAUAUCGAGGAUAUUUUAUUGUCAGGUCAUUACUGAGCGGAGCAGAACUCACGAAGUUGCAGAAGGCGCUCGACCACGAUGAAGGGAUCACGAAGCAUGGUUACGCAAUCAGUGACGGUCAUGGUCGCAAUACUAAAAUAGUCAUAUGGAGUCACCCCGGCAAUGAUAUAACGGGGAUGAUCGCAAGAUCUCAAAAGGUCGCUGGAACGUCCGAAAAGCUCUUAGGAGGAGAAUCUUAUCACUAUCACACCAAGAUGAUCAUGAAAGAACCAAGGACAGGAGGAAGUUUUGUAUGGCAUCAAGAUUACGGAUACUGGUACAAAAAUGGGUGCCUCUUCCCCGACAUGAUGACUUCUGUAUUCAUUGCAGUUGAUAAAUGUGACAAAGAGAAUGGAUGUCUCCAGAUAAUUCCCGGAUCACACAAACUCGGUCGCAUCGAACAUGAAAUGGUCGGAGGUCAGACCGGUGCCAAUCUUGACCGGGUCGAGUUCGCCAAGAAAAAACUCGGUCUCGAGUUCGUCGAGCUCAACGCAGGCGAUGGAAUCUUCUUCCACUGCAACCUCCUGCAUUGCAGCAGCGCCAACAACAGCGAGAGGAGGAGGUGGUCGUUCAUCCUCGCUUACAACCGGAAGGACAACGAUCCCGUGAUUCCACAUCAUCAUCCGCAGUAUACCCCCAUGAACAUCGUGCCUAACUCCGCCAUUUUGGAAUGUUCCGAUGUUCCUGAUAUGACUGGUAAAGAUUUUUUGGACCCUAAAAACGACAAAACCGUAAAAGCGGUGCCAAAGGAGCAGUAAUCCUAAAUCAUCAUUCUGUAGUUUGAUCAGUAAAUGAGAGUCCUAAUUCUGAAAAAUAGGUCUUUGAAAAGAUUUAUUGGCAGUAGGGGUUUAAACCCCCACAUAUUGCCCCCCCCCCACAAGGCGAGGGGUGAAUUUCCCUGUGGCUGAUCGACGGGCGGGAGGGGUUGGGCGCAGUAUAUGUUGCAGCUGAUCAUAAUCGGGCAAACCAACUGGUCUACCCCCCCCCCCACAUAGGAAAAAAUCUAGAUUCGCUACUUAUUACAGCUUCCAUUGUGCCAAUAAAAUGAUUCUAUCCUCCCAAAAUUAAAGUCGUAUAAUAAUUUUCAGUACCUACUUUUUAUGACAAUAAUUACCCUUUGUCAGAGCAUGUGUAAAUUGUUAUAACACGAAAUUUUCUGCAAUUAAGAACGGGUCAAUUCAAUUUUAAGUAAAUUUGUAAGAUUCCACACCUCAUAUACAUAUUUUCUGUAAUUUUACCCAUUGUAAAGUUGCAGGUAUUCUCGAAACUGCUGCAGAAAAUGCUCUAAUUUAAGGAGAACUAUUUUGACAGUGUACGAUCCAUGGUGGCUAAUUGUUAUAGUGCCUGUAUAUUAUAGCCAUGGUAUCUGAGGAAUAGAAGAUGAGGAUGACACUAAAUGGAAGAUCAUAUUUUUCCAACAAUUUCAUUAUAUCCACGGAUUGCCAUGACGAGCAAACAGGUUUGAGUUUACUGAGGAAUUCCAUUGUUCGUUUUUGUUUUUCUACUCUAUGAUAUAAUAAUUUUGAGAUACCUAGUUUACAGAUACGAUUUAACAGUUAUUUAUGUACGAGUAUUGUGUGUGCUUUCUGCUUGCGCCUCUUAGAUCUACCUCAUUUAAACCGUACCGCGCCCCCUAUUUUAUCACUUUUGUCCCCUCUCUCCCUCCCUUUCUAGGGUUGUAGCCUCUCUCAUUCUUUUUCCAUUUUCUAUAUUCUCCUUUUCUCCUCUCUUCACCGAUAGUCUAGUCGAUUGACUAUUCUCUGUUCAUUUCUAUCCGCCUCUUUUCUUUCUUUAUUCUUCAUAUUCAAAGCAAGCAAUUGCACACUUGUGCUGCCGACACCAGUUCCUAUCUAAAGGCUGGUCACACCGCCUGAGCGUUGUUGGAGCGAUCGU